AUGCGUCGCACAUCCGCCGCGCCUGCGAUGGAUACCGCGGUAGAUGCGGCGGACCCGCGCGUCGCGCCUGCGGUGCAGCAGCUCUCUGGCGUCGCCCAGCGUGUAUACGCGGUGUGGCAGCGGAUGGGCAUCGCCUCGCGCGACCGGCAGCAAAAGUGGAACGGGUUUCUCUUCGGCGCUCUCCUGCCCUUUCUUGACGACUUCGGCGCCCUGCAGGAGGCCGCUGAGUCCAACGCAGCUGCGGAGAACGACGCACUGCUUCGGGACGUGUGCCACCUCGCCGUGAGGCUGGAUGAGGCGCCGCGGCAGCCGGAGGUGGCGUCGAUCGUGUCGCUACUGAAAGCACACUAUGCACAGACGCAGCAGCGGCACCCGUUCGUCAUCGACGGUGGCAGGGGUAGUAACAGGAGUGAUGAAACGGGGUCAUCGGAUGCGGCAUCGGAGUCGGCAGCCGCUCGGCGGCGCAACGGUGACGUUGGUGGGGAUGCGGAAGCAGGCGUGUCCCCGUCACGCGGCAACGAGUUUAUGUAUCUCUCUAUCCCCUCUUUCGUCACACUCAUCAACGCCUCGUGUCCAUCGGGGCAGCGUGGCGAGAACGACGACGAGCAGCACCAGCAAGAGCGCGUCCAUCGGGGAGGCAGCGCGGGCUUAGAGACAGAUGAUGGCAACGGCGAGCAGGGAGAAGACGUCAGCGACAGCGAUGCGCACAUCUCCGCGACCCAUGCCCUGCGUCGCCUGCUUCACAACAACACUCACGAAGGCGUGCGUCGGCAGCUGCACGCGGAGCUCGGGCGGCUGCAGCGCCUCGCCGACAAUCGGCUACAAGUACUGCAGCUACUGUGCAAGCAGCGUGCGAUUAUCAACCGCAGCGCGCAGGAGCAGGUGGUGAUACGUGCCGCGUAUCGCGCCAAGUACCUCAGCAAGGAGGAGGACGGCGGCGGCAGCGAGCUUGGAAAGCGGAUCAGCCUUGAUUCGGACUCUGCGGUGGACCGACGGCUGCAGACAACUGCGGCCGUCCACGCGGCGUCCACGCGCUCCUCCGGGUUCGUCUCGCCGUUGACAUCGCCCAAGACGUCUGGCCUCGCUGCAGCCUCGGUAGCGCCGUCCAGUGACAAGUGCGAAGAGAGCCGCAGCAGCUCUGGUGCCAAUGACGAGGCAGACGCCAUCGUGUCUCUUCUCAACCGCCCCACAGCCUCGCUGCAGGACGCCACGCGCGAGGAACUACAACUGCUCUUGUGUGCUGCCUCGUGCUCUCUCGACGCACCGUGUAGCUUGACUGGCAGCGACAGCAACGUCGAUCACGCGCCGCUCAAGCACGGCGGUGAAGGCGAGCUAGGUAGUUCGGCGUGGCCGACGCCCACCUCUACAACAGUGACGACGGAGGCACGCAUCACCGCACAGACAGCGACGUCGUCCACCGGCGUCCUCGCCGCAGCCGAGAGCGCCGGUGUUCACGCCAAGACGGUGGUGAGUAGUUCCGGUGGCACGCCAGCCGGCGAGGCGGUGCGCGCGACGGUGCUGGAGGUGGACGUGUCGAGCAUAGCUGCAUACGGCACCCACCAAGACCUCACUCUCACGCGCAUUCAAGCCGAAGCCGAGGCGAUUGUACGCAGCAUCGACGAGCACAACCAUCUCAUGCAGCUGGAGGCGCAGGAGGAGCUGCACGCACUUGAUACGCUAGAGGUGUUGUGGCGGGCCAUGUCUGUGCAAAGGUCGUCUCCAAAGGCCUCGUCACCCUUUUCCCUUCCGCGCCGGUGCAAGGAUGAGGCGGAGAGCCGAGGCAAGGCCAGCAGCUCAAUUCAUAGCAACGACCAUGACGAGAAUGCCGUCGCAUGGCCUGUCAAGACUUCCCUCUGCUCGCCGCCUCUCGCCUCCUUCAAGCCGGAGCCGUACAGGCAAACGUUGGAGGAGAUCGUUGCGCAGUACAAACAGCUGCACGCCGCGUACGAGGCGGAUGUGGCCGCGCAGCAGCAGCCGGGCCCUGCAGCCGGCGUGGCACUGCUUCACGCGAUGCCGACGCCGCCACCAUCCCUGAAGAGCAGCACGAGACUCACGUCACCGGCAGCGGUGGAUGAUAGCGACAGCGCACGUGGACAGAAGGAUGCGCACCGGACGGGCGGAGGCUUGUACCUGCCGCCAGCUGUCCGUCAAGUCCUGCGCGCCGCCUCGUACGCACCGGUGCUGGACUACGUCCGCCGCGCUCGAGCUGCCUUUCAGGCGCACCUUAGCACACAGGAGGACAUCCUGGUAGAGAAGACAAUGGGCCGGCUGCGUGACGUCUACGAGGCCUACUACGCGGCGACGGGCGACAAGACGUACGCGGUGGCACCAGACGGGGAGCUGCGCGUGGCGAUGGAGGAAGAACUACUGGAGACGUUCCAGUCAGAGGAGUCGGCGGUCCCCGCGACACGACGGCAGCAGCGACGCGGUGAUGUCGAUGAUGAGAACGCAAGCGGUGUCGAGGCGCGUGAGGCGGCGGCCGUCGCUCCACCGCCACCGUCGCCGUCUGGCAAGGUGCUCCUCAGCUUUCAGCGCCACCUGACGGCGUGCCAGCAGGUGCGGGAGCAGGCGGCGGACGAGAUUGACUUCUUGCGUCUGCGACUGCAUGUAAUCGAGCAAGCCGCGCCGCUGGUGCAGAGCUAUCAGGAGAUUGUCCGGGAGGCGGCUCAGAUGCGCGCCACGAGCCGCGAGCGGCUCUUGGAUAAGAAGGUGAACAUGGCGAAGCAGCUGCUGCAGGAAGAGAAAAUGCGGCGGCGCGUGGCCAAGGAGCUUCCCCGCAUUGUGAACCACCUGAAGGAGCUCGUCGCGGCGUGGGAUGCCCUGCAAGCAGCCACCGACCCGCGCGAGGACACCGCGGAUGUGGGUAGCUGCCACAACGGCAGCCCUGGUACCCUGGUGUUGUCUCCGCCAACAUCGGCCAAGGCGGAGCUGUGGAUCCACGGUCAACGGGUCCGAGACCUGCUGACAGCUUCGCAGAGCACAACGGCACCGCUCGUUUCGCGCGUGCGCAGUCGCAGUGCGUCGAGCCCGCCGCCGCUGCGGUCACAUCCGCCUGUCCGGUCCGUCUCUCCAGUCCCCCCGGCACUCGCACGACACCGUGCAGAGCAGCGACUCGCAGGCCCUGAUCGCGGGGCGUCAGCACACCCCUCCCGAAAAGGUUCACCGACGCUGGCGCACACACCCCUUUCCCGCCGCGGCACGACGCCUCUCCCAGGGCGCCACCGGGUCACCGGGGUGAGCAACAGAGGUGGCGAGACUGGCGCAGCGUCUGCAGAGAGACCCGGUGACUCUCUGCGAUCCCACAACAACACUACAUCGCUUGCGGUACGGUCCUGCACACCACCCCACUCGCAGCCGACAGCGCGCUCGCACAAGCCUUCCUCCUUCAAACCCCUACCACCUCGAGUGCCAUCCCGCUCCCCACCGCCGCUGUUGCCACGUCGCGGCCUCUCCCCUGCCUCCUCCAACAGGAACCUGCAGACGCAGAAGAGGAUCGCCCACCCGUCCACGAGUCCCUCACCCUCGUCAAACUCAGCCACCACCACCACCAUCACAAGAUUCGACAGAGCACCAGUUACGUAG